GUGACGGCAGGGCUCAAAACUUUCACCUAAGUUACCGGCGACUGUUUAAUUCGGCCGUCUUCAUUCAGUAAGAUCUGUCAGUGUUCUGAGGAGUGUAAAAUAUCUUUGUUAUCAUUCACAAUAGUGUUGGUUUUGUUUGACGAGAACGCCUCUCCUGAUUUGAAAGCUUUUUCUGUUUGAAGUGCGGCGAUUUGGGAUAGCCACAAGUUAAAUGGACGCAUGCGGAUCACGUUUAUGUAUGUGAGUGUGUGACAAACAACUUUUCAGCGCAGGGAAGAAAAACUAAGAAUGAACUUUCUGCUCGUUUUUGACGCGUUUGUUGUAUUUGGGUUUUGUGCGUGCGAAUCCCAGUGAACGGAAAAACUUCCACCCAACUUUUCCUGCUGUUGGUCGUCGUGUGAUCCAGCAGGUGGGGAAACACGAGCCGCUGUUUCAUCAGGGAAAAGAACACAGGAACCGGAUUUAAAAUAAACCAGUUUUCUUCUGAAACUCCCACUGGAUUUAAUUUUACGACUUGGUGACUGGAAUAACCAACUAUCCAGAACUAGUGCUGAGUAGGUUGACCAGUAGUCAUCAUGGCGUCUUCCUCGGUGAAGGUGGCGGUGCGUGUGCGGCCUUUCAACAGCCGAGAGAUGAACCGAGGAGCUAAGUGUGUGAUCCAGAUGCAGGACAAGAGCACAUGUAUUAUUAAUCCCAAACAACCCAAGGAAGCACCCAAGAACUUCACUUUUGACUAUUCAUACUGGUCACACAGCUCAGAGGAAGAUCCAUCCUUUGCAUCUCAGAGGAAGGUGUAUCAGGACAUUGGCGAGGAGAUGCUGCUUCAUGCUUUCGAGGGCUAUAAUGUGUGUAUUUUUGCUUAUGGGCAGACUGGAGCAGGGAAGUCAUACACAAUGAUGGGAAAACAGGAUCCGGGGCAGCAAGGCAUCAUACCACAAAUGUGUGAGGAUUUGUUCAGACAGACGGCAGAUAACACUGACCCUGACCUGUCCUUCUCUGUUGAGGUUUCAUAUAUGGAGAUUUACUGUGAGCGAGUUCGGGACUUGUUGAACCCAAAAAGCAGAGGGGCCUUGAGGGUCAGAGAGCACCCUAUAAUGGGCCCUUAUGUAGAAGACCUCUCCAAAAUGGCGGUUACCAACUACAGUGAUAUUGCAGAUCUCAUGGACACUGGCAACAAAGCCAGGACGGUUGCUGCUACUAAUAUGAACGAGACCAGCAGUCGCUCACAUGCUGUCUUCACCAUCCUCUUCACACAGCGUCGACAUGAUAACAUGACCAGCCUGGACACUGAGAAGGUGAGCAAGAUCAGCCUGGUUGAUCUGGCAGGAAGUGAGAGAGCAGACUCAUCUGGAGCCAAAGGCAUGAGGCUGAAGGAGGGAGCCAAUAUUAACAAGUCUCUGACAACACUGGGUAAAGUCAUCUCAGCACUGGCAGACAUGCAUGGCACAAAAAAGAGACGCUCUGAUUUCAUUCCCUACAGGGAUUCUGUCCUCACGUGGCUAUUGAGAGAAAAUCUAGGUGGAAACUCUCGCACGGCCAUGAUUGCUGCUCUGAGCCCAGCAGAUAUUAAUUAUGAAGAAAUACUCAGUACUCUCAGGUAUGCAGACAGAGCUAAGCAGAUAAAAUGUAAUGCUGUCAUUAAUGAGGAUCCAAACGCACGUCUCGUCAGGGAGCUGAAAGAAGAGGUCAACAGACUCAAAGAGCUCCUCCUGUCUCAGGGACUCAGCAACCUCAUCACUGCCUCAGGGUCUGAAACAGAAUGCCCGUCUUUGGGAGGAGCAUCAGGUGAGCUCCAUCAGCCCUUGCUCUCAUAUGUACAGUCUACCUCUGAUGCACCAAUGGAGGGUGUGACGCCCACUAGUCCCACUGCACACAUCAGCAAAGAGGAGGCCGCGGAGAGACUCAAGGAAACAGAGAAGAUAAUUGCAGAGUUGAAUGAAACAUGGGAGGAAAAGCUCAGGAAAACAGAUUCAAUACGACAAGAGAGGGAGGCACUGCUGGCUGAGAUGGGUGUGUCUGUAAAAGAAGAUGGAGGAACAGUGGGUGUCUUCUCUCCCAAAAGAACGCCCCACCUGGUGAAUCUGAACGAGGAUCCUCUGAUGUCAGAGUGUCUGAUAUAUUACAUUAAAGAUGGAGUCACCCGGGUUGGUCAGGAAGAUGUGGAUAUUCGUCUUAGCGGUCAGUUUAUAAAGGAGCUGCAUUGCGUCUUUUGCAGUGAAGUCAAUGAGAAUAAUGAAGUGGUAGUGACUUUGGAGCCAUUAGUUGGAGCAGAAACAUAUGUCAAUGGAAAACGAAUCACUGAUGGUGUUGUGCUAAAACAAGGUAACCGUAUAGUGAUGGGGAAGAACCAUGUGUUUAGGUUUAACCACCCUGAGCAGGCCCGCUUAGAGAGAGAGCGCAGUGCCACACAGGAGCAGCAGGGGGAGCCGGUGGACUGGAGCUACGCACAGAAAGAACUGCUGGAGAAACAAGGCAUUGACAUAAAGCAGGAGAUGGAGAAGAGACUGCAGGAUCUGGAGAGUCAGUACCGCAAAGAGAAGGAGGAGGCCGACCAGAUACUGGAACAGCAGAGACUGUAUGCAGACUCAGACAGCGGUGAUGACUCAGAUAAACGGUCCUGUGAGGAGAGCUGGAGACUCAUCUCUUCUCUCAGAGAGAAAUUGCCAGCCAACAAGAUGCAGUCUAUCGUGAAAAAGUGUGGUUUGCCCAGCAGUGGGAAGAGAAGGGAGCCGCUGCGUGUUUAUCAGAUCCCCCAGCGCCGCCGCAUACCUGCCACCCAGGAGUCCAAACACAGACUCAGCUUGGAAGAGCUUCGCACACAGGCUGUUAAAGAGAUCUGCUAUGAGGUGGCGCUUGGAGACUUUAGACACACGCGACAAGAGAUUGAGGCCUUGGCUAUUGUCAGGAUGAAGGAGCUUUGCCGCACAUAUGGCCAAAAAGACCCUCAGGAGAGAGAAAGCUGGAAAAGUGUGGCGAAGGACGUAUGUGAGACUGUGGGCAUCGGAGAAGAGGAGGGAGACAGGGAGGAAAGAACAACAGCAGCUGGAGGAGGAGGGAAUGAGGGAGGAAAGACAGAUAUGGGAGAGCUCAAAGCUCAUAUUGACAAGCUGACUGAUAUACUGCAGGAAGUCAAGUUGCAGAAUAAUAUGAAGGAUGAGGAGAUCCGAUCACUAAGGGAUCGCAUGGUGAAGAUGGAGAAGAUAUUCCCAGUCGAAGUUCAGGGAGACAGUGAUAACAUUGGGUUGGAUGGGGCCAGAGGCGACGACCCGCCAGCACAAGUCAACAGACGCGAUGAGGAUUCUGGGUACCGGCGGGGUCGCCAUCGCUGGCAGUACCCGGACAAAUACCAUGACCCUAAACGUCGCAAAGGAGCCAGCAAUCAGCCAAACAGUACCCUCUACCCAGCGCCUCCCUCAGGACACUCUCAGAACAACCCAUUCAGUACGGCAUCGCCUCGAUUCUCAAAUCCAUCUUUCAUUUCUGAAAUCCCUCGCAACCCCUAUGGUCCUUUCUUGCCAGGCACUGGGCGCUUCUUGCCACCUCAAGAGAGGAAGCUACAGUUCCCCUUUAAGAAUAAUCCCCAACACCGAGGCUUCAUCUGGGGCCCGUCAUCAGGGGGUGAAGGUGGAAUGGACACAUCCGCUCAGUCCAAUACUGAUAUGGUUCAUACUUUCCAAUCAUCUCCCUCACCAAGCAAGGGCCAGUGGCCAAACAAUCAUCACCAACAGCGGCGCAAUCACGGUAACAGAGGCUACGGCAACUGGGGAAACAGGCAACGAUCCAGAAACAGGGGACGGAAUCCAUUCGAUGGAUAUUUAACCAACGAACAGGCCGGAAAUAUUGACCGUAAAGAUGGUGGAUUGGUCCAAGGGCAGCACAAGCAGGGUAGAGCGCGUUACACCUGGUACAAUCCCAAUUUUACUUCAGACCAGUCUGUUGGAGACGGAUUCCAACAUAAUUACAACCAAAGCAGACAAGGUGUCUACAAACACCCCAACUUUCACUACCAUCACCUUCAAAAACAGGACAACCCUUCAGAGAUGAUCCAACAUGGGUCUGAAGGCAAUCCCAAUCCACCAUCCAUCCCAGAUUGCAAUAGCACCCCCAUGGAGACCUGAUUUCUUCUGUGGAGAGUAUGGUCAUGUACAUGGGAGCCAUAACACUCUGAUUUUUCUUGUGUGUUCUUGGAUGGGACUCCUAGAAACUUUGAACCCUCAGAUAUAUAUGGUGUUUUGGUUUGUUGUGGAAGGGUUUUGAGUGCUGCAACUGAGAACGGUUUUUAAGAGAAACUCCUUAGUUCAAUAACACCAUUCUGUUCGAAAUAAGACAGAACAUUUUAUGCAUCUGAAUUUUAAUGUACAUAAUUGCAGUUUCAUACCUGCACCUACAGUGCUUUAUGAGUGAUGUUUUUAUGUGCACACAUAUCUGUCAUUCAGAUGUAUAUAUAUCUAUAAGUAGGUUAUAAAUUGAAAGGGUAUGUAUUUGCAAGAGAAUGGAGCUCCUUUUAACGCACAGUGCACUGCAAUGUUGACGUUAUGGCCUGAGAAGUGUAUGGCCUAUGAAACUAUUUAGCGAUUUUUGUUGGAUUUCUGAUGAUUUUACAUUGUGCCUGCUGAAAAGCCAAAGAAUUUCAAUUUAGUAGCCCUCAGGCUUAUAACUGCUUUGGAUGCAAUUUGUAUAGUUGAAAUUUUUCUCCUUUUUUUAUCUUGCCACUCAUGUUCUUUUAUUCCUGCAUCCUGAGGGGCAUGUGUUUCAUAAAUUGUGUUGCUUAGGCUUAAAAAAAAGAAAUGGGAUACAUAAUCCUAAAAACAUUUAAAAGGGACAAAGGGAUA